GGCCUCUAUUCGAUGGCCACGCCUAUAAGGACAGAGCGACGCCCUGAUUGAACAUACCCACGUCCCCAUCCUUCGUUGACCACGCCCCUAAGUCAAUACCCAGCUCUUUCCCCUGGCCACGCCUCUUGCAGCAUGCCACGCCCCUAUCGACAGACCUCGCCCUGGAGAUUCAGUCUUGCCUCUAUUUUCUGGUCCCAGCCCUUCAACUGGAGUCCCGCCCCAAUCGCAGAUGACCGCCCCUUGAGUUACAGCCACAGCCCCUCACCUGGGCCUCGCCUCUGCUGCAAAGUAUGGCCCCCAGCGUCCUCAGCUCCAUUCCUAGGCACCCUCUUCUGGGGAAACGCUAGAGUUCGAGAAACAUUUCUGGUUCGCUCACUCUUUAGUUUUGUUUCUGUCUCUGAGCGUCUCUGCCUGUCCUUUUCUUCUCCAGAAUUUAAAACAAUCAAUGCACUCAACAGGGGGCAGUGUAGGGACGCUGAACCGCGAGCCCCUCUUCACGUCCACUAAAAAGCCCCGCCCCCUCCAGAACCUGAGCUCUCUGGGACCUUAAAUCUCAGCUUUCCAGUCGCUGUGAAUCGUAAUCGACUUGACAGCAACGAUUUUUUUUUUUUGAUCUGCUCCGUAUUCCAAAAAACAGGAAUUCGAGCUCUCUCCCCUGCCAGGCCCCCUCAAGUCCUGGGAGCUCGAAGCUCCAGCCUCUCACUUUUAAGGGACCCAGGUGUCCGGACCCUAGUCCCUCUUCCCUCAAGCACCGAGGCUCUUUCCCAGCCCCGGGACAGUGGCGACCACUAGUCUGCUAGUGCCGGUGAACUCAGGAGUCUGCACCUCAUUGGACCUCGAAUACAUUCCCAAACGCCUUGCCCACGCCUGUUGACCCUGGUGAGGUUGUAGGUACAGAAAUCGAUCAAGGCCCCUUCGCACACCCCGACCCUCAAAAAUAUACUUGAAGGUGAGCAGGAACGAUUCUUACCGGUUCGCACCACUUCCACACCCCAAGACACAAAUGCGACACAUACUAAAGGGAGUCCAGGGGCUGGGUCCCCUCCUUCAUCAGAACCGAGAGUCCGGACCCCAAGCCCCCUCUUCCCUCAGACUCAGGAGUCCAGACCCCCAGCCCUCUCCUUCCCCAGACCCAGGAGACCGGGCCCCCAGCCAGGUCUUCUCCCAGGGGCCCAAGCUUCUGAAUCUUCAGUUCCUACCAGUCCCCAGUUAGACUUCAUCUCUCCUCUCCCAAAGCAAAAAUCCUGCCCCAAACUGUCACGGCCGGACCCCCUUCCCGGCUGUCCGACGCCGGGCCCGCCCCCCCUCCAGUCCCUCCCCCUUUUCCCAAACAAAGCUCCGGGCAACUUUCUCCCCGGCAGCGCCCCGCCCGCGGCUCCCCAGCCUAGGCCGGGAGGUAAGAAGGCGCCUGCGGGAGCCGGGAGUCCUGCUUUGGGGUGUGUGAGUUGGUGUGGGAAGUUAGGAAUUCGGAAUUGUGGUGUGUGUUUGUGGGACGGACUCUGCCUUGCUGGCCACCCUCUUUUGUGCAUGCGGGCCCGCGUGGAAGUGUGGAGUUGAACUUUGGCCGGAGUUAGGGUGUCUGUGGAUGGGUCUGAGUUGGGGAGAUGGCGCCGUGUGUUGGGGAGGGCUGGGGACGCUGGCGGGGGCGUGGGAGUGUGUGGGCGUCUGGGGCUGCGUCAGUUGGGAGUGAGAAGAACCUCGUGUGUAUUUGUGACCGAAUGGGUUUGCGUGUGUGAUCUGUGGGCGCAAGGAAGGGUUCCGGGGUGGCACAAGGGGACUGUGAUGUAUUCUGGAAAUAAAGCCUGUGUCUUCGGAGGUUUGAGCUCUGGGGCGGGAAAUUAGGGGGACCUUUCUCACCCAGCGCCUCCAUCUCUUUGUCUGGUCACAUGGGGGAGGGCUGGGCUGGGGUUUUGGCCUACGAGGGUCCCGAGCCCUGCAGCGCCACUAGGUUUGGCCUGAGGUCUUUGUCUGCCUGGGCCCAGGCUCUAGGGUCUGAGGGAGGAGGAGGAGUCUGGGGGCACUGACUCUAGGGUCUGAGGGAGGAGGGGGCGGGGCCCGGACUCCUAGGUCAGAGGGAGGAUGGCGCUGGGGCCCAGGCUCUUGGAUCCGAGGGUGGAGGGGGCUGGGGGUCCGGACUCCUGGGUUUAAGGAGGAGGGGCUUGGGGCCUGGACUUUGGGGUCCUGGGAAAGCCAUGGAAGACCAGGAGCCGAUAAGAAGGCGGGAUCUGACUGUAUUGGAAAAAGUUUUCCCUGUCCCCGGCCUUCGGAAAAUCACUGGGAACUCGAGUUGGAGCAGAGCCCACAGCGCAGGGGGAGGGGACCAGAGGGGGAGGCCCCUUUCCCGCCAGCCCCUCCUCUGAUGGGGGUUGUGGGAAGCUGGGGGAGGGGACGCCUGGGCCCUUUGUUCUAUAUCUCCUGAUGGCAGGGCGCCUCUACCCCCUAGCCUGUGGUUCCGUGGGUCUUCCCUGGCCUCGGCUUGAGUUUCUGCCCUGAAUCUCUGUCCCCCUUCUUUCUGGAUCUCUGUCCCUUUCUCUCUGGGGCUGUCUCCCUCUCUCUCUGGAUCUCUGUCCAUCUCUCCAUGGGUCUCUAUCCUCCUCUCUGUCUGGGUCUCUGUUCCUCUCUCUUUCUGCGUCUCUGUUCCACUCUCUCUCUGAGUCUGUGUCCCCCUCUCUCUGGGUCUCUGUCCCUCUCUUUCUGGGUCUCUGUCCCUAUCUGAGUUUCUGUCCCCCUCUUUCUGGGUCUCUGUCCCUCUCUUUGUCUGAGUCUCUGUCCCCCUCUCUCUCUGGGUCUCUGUCCCCUCUCUGAGUCUCUCUCCCUCUCACUUUGAGUCUCUGUUCCUCUAUCUUUGGGUCCCCCCUCAGCCUUGCUAGAGCCUGUGCCCUGCCUCCUCCAUUUCUAGGAGCUGCUGCUCAAAUCUUAGCACCUGUUCUUGGGGUGGAACUGGGAAGGUCGUGCCCAUGCCUCCCCUCCCCCUCAACUAGGCUCUGAAUCCUGAGUUCUUUACAACCAGUAAUUCAUACCCGAAAAUUCAGCCCUCAUGGGUCCUAGGCAUUACCCUGGGGUGCUCUAGACUUCAUCACAAUCCAGGUUCCACUGGAAACUCAGAGGAGAACAUGCCCACCUUCAACUUCACCAGAAAUCCAACACCGUUCUCAGGGAUCCAGUGUUCCAGGCCUUCCGGCCCGUUCCUCCCUUAAGCCCAGCAGUCUGGGCCCCUAGUCCCCUCCUAACUCAGAUCCAGGAAUCUGGAUCCCAGCCUCCCACUCAGACCCAGGUGUUCAGGCCUCUCGCCCCCUCCUUCCCCAGACUUAAGAGUACAGCCCUCAGCCCUCACAGCCCUGAGGUCCCUCAGGGUGGGUAGGAGGAACCAUGGUGAGCUCUGUUUUCUUCAGGCCCAGAUGGGAGAACCCCGGGCUGGGGCCCCCCUGGACGAUGGCAGCGGCUGGACGGGCAGUGAGGAGGGCAGUGAGGAGGGCACUGGUGGCAGUGAGGGGGCUGGGGGAGAUGGAGGCCCAGAUGCGGAGGGUGUCUGGAGCCCAGAUAUCGAGCAGAGCUUCCAGGAGGCCCUGGCCAUCUACCCACCCUGCGGCCGGCGGAAGAUCAUCCUGUCCGAUGAAGGCAAGAUGUAUGGUCGGAAUGAACUGAUUGCCCGCUAUAUCAAGCUGAGAACGGGGAAGACCCGAACUCGCAAACAGGUCUCUAGUCACAUCCAGGUUUUGGCCCGAAGAAAAUCGAGGGAAAUCCAGUCCAAGCUUAAGGACCAGGUUUCCAAGGACAAGGCUUUCCAGACAAUGGCCACCAUGUCCUCAGCCCAGCUCAUCUCAGCACCUUCCCUGCAGGCCAAACUGGGUCCCGCUGGUCCUCAGGCUGCUGAGAUUUUCCAGUUUUGGUCAGGGGGCUCUGGGACUCCCUGGAAUGUUCCAGAUGUGAAGCCAUUCUCGCAGACGUCGUUCUCCUUGUCUCUGACUCCUCCAUCCACUGACCUCCCAGGGUACGAGCCCCCACAAGCCCUCUCACCCCCGGCCCUGCCCCCACCUGCCCCGUCACCCCCAGCUUGGCAGACUCGGGCCCUGGGCACUGCCCGGUUGCAGCUGGUGGAGUUCUCAGCCUUUGUAGAACCACCAGAUGCUGUUGAUUCUUACCAGAGGCAUCUAUUCGUACACAUCAGCCAGCGCUGUCCCAGCCCUGGAGCUCCCCCACUCGAAAGCGUGGACGUCCGACAGAUCUACGACAAAUUCCCCGAGAAAAAAGGCGGUCUGCGGGAGCUGUAUGAUCGUGGCCCCCCCCACGCCUUUUUCCUGGUCAAGUUCUGGGCGGACCUGAACUGGGGCCCGAGUGGUGAGGAGGCAGGGGCCGGCGGCAGCAGUGGUGGCUUCUAUGGAGUGAGCAGCCAAUAUGAGAGCCUAGAGCACAUGACCCUCACUUGUUCCUCCAAGGUCUGCUCCUUUGGCAAGCAAGUGGUGGAGAAGGUAGAGACGGAGCGUGCACAGCUGGAGGAUGGGCGGUUCGUGUACCGCCUGCUGCGCUCGCCCAUGUGCGAGUACCUGGUGAAUUUCUUGCACAAGCUGCGGCAGCUGCCCGAGCGGUACAUGAUGAACAGCGUCCUGGAGAACUUCACCAUCCUCCAGGUGGUGACAAACAGGGACACCCAGGAGCUGCUGCUGUGCACUGCCUACGUUUUCGAGGUCUCUACGAGUGAGCGUGGGGCCCAGCACCACAUUUACCGCCUGGUCAGGGAAUGAAGGGGGACCCCAAAACUGGCUCACCCCCAAAGCAUCCCCCUCCCAGGAAGGACCCUUCAGCUCUCCCAGGCUCCUUAUUUGGGGAGGGGGCUGUGAUGAAAGGGGGCUGGCCUCAGAGGCCUAAGUGACUGGGGCUGAACUUGAAGUUAAAGGGGACCCCAAAACCUGGGAGCUUAAUUUAUGCUCCAUUGUCUUGAUGGAAUAGGCUGGGAUUGGGAGGAAUGGAUAGGCCUCCAGUAUUGGGAUCUAUCUCACUAGGAGCAUCUGAAAGGACAGAUCACUCCAGAGCAUCAGGAAUUGGGCACAGGAGUGAGACAACCCCCAGCCUCUUGACAGGGACCCCCAAUCUGUUUUGAAGUUGCUAUGAGUUGAAAUUGACUCAACGGUACCUAACAACAACAACAGUUACACAUUGGCUUGUCACCCCGUGCCCAUUUUCCAGCCCCCAACCAUCGUCUACCUCCCCCAUCUCUCCCCUCCACCCCAUGAUGUGUGAUAGGCCAAAUCGAAGGUUAACCCUUUCUGUGCAGGUGCACAGCCAGGUGGGCCCUGAAAAUAGUUUUUUUUUUUUUUUUUUUAAUAUAACAAGAGAUAUUUAUAAAUGGGUGUUAGGGUCUUGACUUUAUCUCAGCUGG